GUUCGAGAACAAUACAAUGAAUGGAUGUCUGAUGAAGUGCAUGAAUUAACACCAGCUGGUAGAAUUAAAAAACCAGCAUAUAGUAAAGUUGCACAAUGGGUUAAAGUAGCAUGGGAAAGUAUUAAUGUAAUAAAAAUUAAAAAUUCAUUUAAAUGCUGUGGCAUUUCUGUGGAAAAAGAUGGUACUGAAGAUGAUUAUAUUUUUGAUUAUGAUUUGUUAAAAGAUAAUGUUGAAAAUGAACCU